AUGGCUUCUACUUCAACGACAAAAAAUCCUAUGGCUACUACUUCAUCAACAAAUUCCAACCCACAAGUGACUUCUACUUCAAAAGCGUCUUCUACUACAACAACGAUUUCAGCUACUACAGCGACUUCUACUCCGAUGACGGCUAUAAUUCCAACAACAACAACGACUACUUCAUCAACCUCGACUUCUACUCCUCCAACUACAACUUAUAUUCCAGCUGUGACUUCUUCUCAAAGUGCGAGGUAUACGCCACCUAAGACUUCAGCUCCAACAACAACUCCUACUCCAACAACAACUAAUGCUCCAACUAUUAUUUCUACUCCAACGACGACUGAUGCUCCAACUACGACUUCUAGUCAAACAACGACGGAGACUUCAACUACGACUUCUACUCCAACAACGACUGCUGCUCCAAAUAUGAUUUUUACUCUAACAACGACUGAGGCUCCAACUACGAUUUCUACUCCAACAACGACUGAGGCACUAACUACGACUUCUACGCCAACAACGUCUGAGGCUCCAACUACGACUUCUACUCCAACAACGACUGAUGCUCCAACAAUGAUUUCUACUCCAACAACGACUGAGGCUUCAACUACGACUUUUACUCCAAUAACUACUGAGGCUCCAACUACGACUUCUUCUCCAACAACGACUGAGGCUUCAACUACGACUUCUUUUCCAACAACGACUUAUGCUCCAAAUAUGAUUUCUACUCCAACAACGACUGAGGCUCCAACAACGACUUUUAUUCCAAUAACUACUGAGGCUCCAACUACGACUUCUACCCAAACAACGACUGAUGCUCCAACUAUGAUUUCUACUCCAACAACGACUGUUGCUACGAAUACGACUUCUACUUCAAGAACGAUUUCUUCUCCAACAACGACUGUUACUCAAACAGUUGCUCCAACAACGACUUUUACUCCAACAAAGACUGUUGCUCCAACUACGAUCGCUACUCCAAGAACGAUUUCUACUCCAAAAACAACUGUUGCUCUAACAGUUGCUCCAACAACGACUUUUACUUCAACAACGGCUUUCAUUUUUACUCCCAAAAGCUCAUUGGCACCACCUACGUCGUUUAUUCCGACAGUGACGCCGACUCAAACACCGACUUCUACUUCACAAACCAUGUAUUUUUCUACAACAACUUCACGAACAACAUCUACUUCUCAUACAACGACAACUUCUCCAACUAUAUUUACAGUUGGUAAGUUAUCAUCUAUUAAAUAUAAAUAA